UGAGCCACCAUUUGCAAAACCAAUAGACAAUAUUAGCAUAACAACAUCACUAAGAAAACCAUGAAGCUUCCAUUAAUUACUCUUUCUUUCUUCCUAUUUUCUUUUCAAACAACCUUAUCACAAGAGAUUCAACAAGUGAAAGACACAAAUGGAAACCCAAUUUUUCCAGGUGGAAGAUUCUAUAUUCAGCCAUCAAUCUUUGGACCAACAGGCGGUGGAGUAAGUCUUGGUGAAACAAAUAAUUCAGCAUGUCCAACUACCGUACUUCAAGAUUAUUCUGAAGUUAUCAAUGGUUUAUCUGUGCAAUUCAAAAUCCCGGGAAUAAGUCCUGGUAUAAUCUUCACAGAUAUAACACGAUUGAAUAUUGUAUUUGUAGAGAAGCCAGACUGUGUUGAAUCAUCCAAAUGGGUUGUUAUUAGUGAUGGUUUUCCUAGAUCUUGGAUUGGUAUUGGUGGUGUUGAAGAACAUGGUGAUGAUAUUUUAGAUGGUUUGUUUAGUAUUCAGAAACAUGGUUUUGGAUAUAAACUUGUGUUUUGUCCAAGGUUUACUGCUCCACCUGGUGUUUGUCAUGAUAUUGGUAGGUAUGAUGAUGAGAACGGAAGACGUUUGGUUCUAACGGAUAAUAAACCCUUUGAAGUUGUGUUUGUUGAUGCCACUGAAAGCUCUAUAUAGUAUGCAUCUAUCUUUAGAAAAACCUUCCUCUAAUAUUGUUACAAAAUUAUACGUCUUUAUUCUCGGUCUUUCAAUAUUAAUAAGAUCUUUACUAAUA